CGGAGGUCCACAGUGGGGGGUUCGUUAACCCCUCCCCUUCCAUAUGUAUGCUAUAUUGGUGGGGGGGGGGGGGGGGGGGGUGGUGGGUGGUUUGGGGAUAGUGGGAUCGGGGGAGUGCGGGCGUUCAUGUCCAUUCGCGUGUCGUGGCUUCGAGGUUGCUGUCCUGCCGUGGUGGCGCGUUGGGUCCUUCCCUCUCCUGAAUUCAGCAAGGGUGGCGAGAAGAAGGGUGGUGGGGUGACGGAUGCACACCCGCCUCCCCGCGACCCUUCCCCUUUCGUUUGGCCGUCAGCAACGACCCCUACGACACCAUCUUAUCGACUGAAGGGCGAUGGAAUUGUCGUUGAACGGCUGGAUAGUGGUCCUUCCUUGCUGUCCACCCCUCGUCACACGUAUUUACAAGGAUGCGGGCGUCCUUGCCAAAUGCACGAUUGGACUCCAGACGCCCGAUUUACACUCGACGUCCCGCCGUCUCACCUUCACCUGCUUCUGCCUCCCCUCCGCGCUUGCUCUUCUCCGAGGAAGAAAGGUAGUCGUCGUGGCGGGUUCGCCAUCUUUGACGAUCCCCGCCUUGCGGCGGGUUCGCCACCUUCUGCGCGCAGUACUGCUCCCACAAGCCGCCACCUUCUGCGCGCAGUACUGCUCCCACAAGCCGCCGCCUUCAGCGCGCAUUCCGCACCCCACAACCCGCUGCCAAUCGUCGCCAUCAUCUCCGUCGUCAUCGUCGUCGUCAUUGUCUUCGUCGUCGUCGUCGUCGUCGUCGUCUUCGUUAUCUUGGUCGCCGUCGCCAUCGCCUUGGUCGUCGUCGCCAUCUUCGCCAUAUUUGAUUUUUUGUGCAUCACCAUCGUCGUCGUCUUCGCCGUCGUCGCUGUUGUCGCCAUCGUCGCCUUGGGGGCCAUCGUCGACAUCGUCGCCUUGGGGGCCAUCGUCGACAUCGUCGCCAUCAUCGUCAUCGCCGCCAUCGCAAUGGAGACUAUCUUUUUGAACGCAGGGCACCCUCCGCCCGUUCAUCGAAGCAUGGUCUUGCUUCAUACCACCAUCCCGCAACACAAAAUCGAGGACGAAACGGAGUUGAACGCUGCAAAGGAAAGGGCGCUGAAGGUGCAUACCAUCGCUUUGCGGGUGAUCCACGGGUGGGUCUUCAAGUCAGCGAGCAGGCAACGGGGGUACCAUGCUGCGUACGGGUACGCGUUGAACAACGCCGCCACUGACGUCGCUCGAGCCAUGUGGAUGGGGGAGGACUGGCGUAUCUGUGUGAGCCCCAUGGUCUUCCACACUACUCUGGACAUGGACAUGAAGUUGCCACUGUGGUUCGUCGGCGCGGACAUCAAGGAAAGGCACGAGGACGGCGAGUUGGCGUCGUAUCAGGAGGCGAGCAUCCAGAGACUGGUGGGGGCUUUCACGAGCGUCGUGAGCAUGGCGAAGGGGGUCGACGGCGGGCGGGUGUCCUAUGAAAGGUUGAAGAGCAUUGCCGACGCGAUGAGGAUCAUGUUCGCAGCGACCAUGUGGCUCAUGCGGAUGAGCGGGGACGAUCUUCGCGCGCAUUACGACGCGUGGCUUUUCAUCCAACUGACAGCGAAGCCAAUGCUCGUUGCAUCCAUGCAUCGCUCAUUCAACGCGCGUCGCCAUAUCCUGCAAGCAGCGACCGUCAUCACGGACAAGUUGGCGAGACCCCCUAGGACUUUGGAUCUGCGCUACCGAGAUAGAAACUGGGUGAGAAGCACGCGGAAGUGGCCUCCCAAGCUGGUAAAGGCCUUGGGAGCAUUCCUGGAUGUCAAACCAGUCUGAUUAAGAAAAAGGUGAAUAGGUGCAAAAGUCAGCCUUAGGCUACUCUUUCCUAUUGCCGUUGGCCCCCUCCCCCGCCCGUAACUCAUUUUGCCAAGUUUCUUUAACAUGUUUUUUUCAAGCGCCUUAGUAUACUCUACUUGUUCACCUGUGUCGGUUUGGGAUACGGUUCAAUCAAUGUACAGUUGAUUCUAAAAGUUUUUUCUCCCGGAAAUUGAGGCCCCGUUUAAUCAUCUAAUUUGUUUUGUUUUGUAGUGCUGGCUUAAUUCAAACUUCGUCACUUUGUAGUACCCAUCAACACCGCCGUUCGGUGUUUCCUUAGGGACCGAUUCACUCUGCCUAGAUUGACUGGAUGCAGAAACCCUUGAACUAUCGGGGAUCAUGUUUUUCACCUGGUUUUUUGUUACUCAUGCCAACAUUCUCACUCCCUAUAACUCCAGCUGUUUUCACAAACAGCCCUUUUCAACUUAAGGACAUUCGGCUACCGACCCUGAAGAUCAGUGGCAAACAAUAGCACUUUGUGUCCAGCAUGUCUUGCUUAGCGAUUGAUUGAUCAAGCAGGUAAACAAACCGAGCUGGGAACUUGGUCACUGAUUGGGCAAUGGACCUAUGAAUCAUUCCAGUUAACUGCCACACUCACUAACUAAAAGAUGUUUGGCAGGUGGGAAGGUAUAUGGCAGAGGUAUGGAAUGAGUGGACGGAAGGAUGGAUGUGAGUCAGGAAAAGGAUGCAUGUGAACUCGCAGAAGGAUUCAUGUGAACGGGGAGACGGCUGGACAUGAGUGGGAGACAACCAUUCACCACUGACAACCAGCAAUAAGCCCCGGAGCGCCAACGAACAUG